AUGGCUGCUCAGUCUCCCAGGGCUGAGGGCGGGUCCCCAUUUUGCCGCACAAGGUAUAAACGUUUGUAUGCAAGCACACUUCCUCAGAUAAGUGCUCUAGAUGGGCUGCAGAACAGUGUUGACAGAAGACAGUUUCUGCUUGAGAGGUUAUUGGAUGCAGUGAAACAGUGCCAGAUCAGAUUUGGAGGAAGGAAAGAGAUUGCAUCUGAUUCAGAUAGCAGAGUUACAUGUCUGUGUGCUCAGUUCGAAUCUGUGCUCCAGCAUGGUUUGAAGAGGAGGCGGGGAUUAGCCUUAACUGCAGCAGCAAUUAAACAGGCAGCAGGCUUCUCCAGUAAAAUGGAAAUGGAUCCUGUAUUCUGGUAUUACGUGAAAGAAAUUCUUAACAGGCACGAACUCCAGCGUUUCUACUCUCUAAAGAACAUUACAACAGAUGUUGGCAGAGGCCGUGCCUGGCUGCGUUGUGCGCUGAAUGAGCAUUCCUUGGAAAGAUACUUCCAUAUGCUACUGGCGGAUAAGAAUCGGCUUAGUGUCUUCUAUGAAGACUGGUCUUUCAUGAUGGAUGAAGAACGCUCCAGUAUGAUCCCCACCAUGGCAGCUGGUCUGAACCCGAUUCUUUUUGCUGUCAACAUUGAUAACAAGGAUUUAAAUGGACAAAGCAAAGGCACUUCCACGGUAUCCCACCUUCUCAAGGAAUCCACGCAGAAUGUUACCUCGUUGUUGAAAGGAUCUACACAAGGGGUUAGCAGCCUUCUUCGGGAGAUCACAGCAUCUUCUCCUGUUUCGAUUCUAAUCAAAUCGGAUCAAGACACAGACCUAUCACCAGUUUUUCCAAAGAGUGCUAGUGGUGAUUUGAAUUAUGGAAAUGGUGGGAGGAGAAGGAGGAAAGUGAAUAUUAUUUCAUUCGAUGACAAGGAAGAUGAACCAGAUUUGGGUGACAUCUUACGGGUGACUGCUGCAGGCAGAAGUUUGGAAAGGAUCUCUGACCAAUCUUCAGGGCACGUGCUGUCUUUCUCUUGCCCACUGACUAAACUGAAUGGAAAGCAGAUGGUGACUUCAUUCAAAAAUGAUCCCAUGAAUCUCAAUGGAGACACUGGUUUCCAGAAGCUGGAUGUUAAAAGCAUAGAUGAUGAGGAUGAUGUUGAUGAUAAUGAAGAGACCUGUGGCAAAACAGUGGGAAUCCAAUGCUUAGGGGAAGAUACAGAAUCUUGUGGAAAACCCUCUCAGGGAAGUACAAGCAACUCGGCGGUCAGUGCUUGGGCUCCUCUGCAGACCCUGAAUGAUGACUCUGACGUGUUGUUUCCUGUCACUGCUGCUGGCUGUUACUCUCCAACUGAUAACCUGGAAAACGGUGAUGGGCCUGAAAGUAUUGAUUUUGCUGUCGAAUUGGAUCAAAGGAACACUGAACUGCACUACAGGGGAGCAGUUAGCCCUCAUGCCCAAGAGAACCCUUUAAGUGAGCUGUUGCCAUCAGCCAGUGUGCCGGAAUUCAUGACAGUUGCUGAGCUUCGGCAAGUCAUUGUGGCCAUGAUGACCCGAAAGCAUGAACUCGAAGAGCAGAGCAGAUCUCUGCGGAACCUACUUGACGGAGAAAUGGAACAUUCUGCAGGGUUACGUCAGGAAAUAGACAACCUGAAGAAGGUGGUUUCAGAACAGGAAGAGCGCUAUGCAGCAAAGACCCAGGCCUUGGCAAGAGAAAAUGAGGUCCUAAAAGUACAACUAAAGAAAUAUGUCGGAGCUGUCCAGAUGCUGAAAAGGGAAGGUCAGACUGUGGAAGUACUGUCAAAUCUCUGGAAUGUGGAGAGUGAAUUUAGCAUACCUGAACAAAAACAAGUAGAAAAUAAUGAGGAACUAGCCAGCUCCUAUGAGAGAAAGCUGAUUGAGGUGGCAGAAAUGCAUGGAGAGCUGAUAGAGUUCAACGAGAGGCUACACCGAGCUUUGAUCGCGAAGGAAGCACUUGUGUCUCAGAUGAGACAGGAACUCAUCGACUUGAGAGGACCAGUUCCUGGAGAUCUCAGCCAAACAUCUGAAGACCAGAGUCUGUCAGAUUUUGAAAUAUCAAAUCGAGCGCUUAUAAACGUCUGGAUUCCUUCAGUCUUUCUCCGUGGAAAAGCAGCAAAUGCAUUUCACGUUUACCAGGUAUAUAUCAGGAUAAAAGACGAUGAGUGGAAUGUUUAUCGAAGAUACACGGAAUUCAGAAGCUUGCAUCAGAAAUUACAGUCAAAAUAUCGUCAAAUGAGAAGUUUCAGCUUUCCUCCAAAAAAGGCCAUUGGAAACAAGGAUGCAAAAUUUGUAGAAGAACGACGGAAACACCUUCAGAAUUACUUAAGAAAUGUUAUGAACAAAGUAAUCCAGACUGUGCCAGAAUUUACUGCCAACCCUAAAAAAGAGACUCUUAUCCAACUGAUGCCCUUUUUUAUGCGAGGCUGCAGUUUCUCUGGCUUCGCUUCAGCUUAAGCGUCAGAAGAAGUGAGAGGAAAGAGAGGGAUUUCCCCC